AGUGCGCGAUCGAGGUCUCUCUGCUGAUGCCACAGUAAAACCACAGAAGAAGAAGAAGAAGUGGGAGGACCGCGCGGCAGAGCACGACCAAAACCACAGAAGAAGAAGGAUCAGGAAAUGAUCGUCAGCGUGAUCAGAUGGACGGUGAGGCAGGUGACGUCAUGGUGACCUCAGCAAACAGAAAGCGUUCAGUCGUCACAGGAAGUGCCCGGAAGAUGAAAGACAACGCGGCCGACUGGCACAACCUGAUGAUGAGGUGGAACAAACUGAACGAGGACGGAUUCAACGUCGCAGAAAAGAUCGUGAACAUCAGACUUUCUCAGAGCGACCAGCAGCUUCUGGUGGGAGAGUCUUCAUCAUCGUCUUCAGCAGCUCCAGCAGGGGGCGCUGCAGAGCUGGAGGACGAGUGCUGCAAACUUCAGGAUGUUGUCAACAAAAUGGUUGCCGUGGUGACAAAGAUGGAGUGUCUGAUGACAUCACAGCGAGGCAUUCAGGAUCUGGAGGAGUUUCAGUUUGGACCAGAAGGAAGAAAAGUACCUCAGUUCCACACAUGGAACACAAAACAGUUUGAGCGGACGUGUGGUUCCCUGUGCGACGCCUUCCGUUCGGAGCUGAGGCUGAAGCAGACGAUCCUAGAGGAAGUGGGCCACACUGUGACCUCUGACCUCAGCGUGGUGCUCCUGUCCUGCUGGCUUCAUCAGCCCUUCAACCCACCUCAGACCCGCCGGGCACUGGAGGCUCUGCUGCUGGAGACCGGGCACCGCCCACUAUGAUUUCAUCUGUCAGCUGUUAGCUUAGCACAGGGGGAGUAGCUGGCGUAGCUUUCCCUGGACUGAACCAAAUGUUUAUUAAAUAUUGUUUUACAUAAAUGAA